CAAUUUCAGACCAGUCUCUGGCCAGUCAGUGUUUUAGAGUGGGAAAGGUUAGCGGGCACGGCAGGCAGGGAGGGAAAACCGGUCUGUGUAAGAGGGAAGAGUUGCUUUACUUUUAUCGACUCAGAAAUUUGGAACUGGUUUUCACCCGAUGGAUUUUUCUAAAUUUUAAAGUUUUUUUUUUCCGCCGUGCAAUUUUGUUGCAUUGGGGGACUACACACACAAAAGCAACGCAAACUCUCCGUGCGGUGGACGUCGGAGGCCGUGGGUCACUUGGCUCGUUGUGGUUGCCGUUCAUCGUCUUAAAUGUACGAAAAGGAAAAGCGAUUCAAAAGGAGAACAUCUGGCGCGUUUCUGUAUAAUUAAAGGAAUAUGUUUGCUUCCUGGCUGAGUUUUGCACUUCUUUGGGGAACUUUUUGUGCAGGACCAAGCCAUGGAGAGGUGGAGACCAGAGAGUGCUUAUACUACAAUGUCAACUGGGAGAGUGAGAAGACCAAUCAGAGCGGGGUGGAGCGCUGUGAAGCUGAGAAGGACAAGCGGCUACACUGCUAUGCCUCCUGGCUCAAGAACUCCACCACAGGCAUCAUCAAGCUGGUGAGGAAGGGCUGCUGGCUGGACGACUUCAACUGCUAUGACAGACAAGAGUGCGUGGCUACUGAAGAGAACCCCCUGGUCUUUUUCUGCUGCUGUGAGGGCAACUUCUGCAAUGAGAGGUUCACCCACCUGCCUGAUGUCACCAGACCAGCUGUGGUCAGGACCCCCCUGCUCAACAUCCUAGUCUACACACUGCUCCCCAUCACCGUGCUCUCCAUGGCCUUGCUGCUGGCAUUCUGGAUGUACCGACAUCGCAAACCUCCAUAUGGCCACGUGGACAUCAAUGAAGACCCUGGCCCAUCCCCACCUUCCCCUCUGGUUGGCCUUAAACCUCUGCAGUUACUGGAAAUCAAAGCUAGGGGGCGCUUUGGCUGUGUUUGGAAGGCCCAACUGUUGAAUGAAUAUGUUGCUGUGAAGAUUUUCCCCAUUCAGGACAAGCAGUCGUGGCAGAACGAGCGGGAUGUCUUCACCACGCCAGGGAUGAAACAUGAAAACCUGCUGCGAUACAUCGCGGCCGAGAAGCGAGGAACCAGUCUGGAGAUGGAACUGUGGCUCAUUACUGAGUUCCACGAGAAGGGCUCCUUGACGGAUUACCUGAAGGGCAACGCAAUCAGCUGGAACGAGUUGUGUCACAUUGCAGAGACGAUGGCCUGUGGGCUGGCCUACCUGCAUGAGGACGUGCCCCGUUACAAGGGAGAGGGACCUAAGCCAGCCAUCGCACACAGGGACUUCAAGAGUAAGAACGUGAUGCUCAAGGGUGACCUGACAGCUGUCAUCGGAGACUUCGGGCUCGCUGUGAAGUUCGAACCAGGGAAGCCACCAGGGGACACGCACGGUCAGGUGGGGACGAGGAGAUACAUGGCCCCUGAGGUCUUGGAGGGGGCAAUCAACUUCCAGCGGGACGCCUUCCUGAGGAUAGACAUGUACGCCAUGGGCUUGGUGCUGUGGGAGCUAGUGUCUCGCUGCAAAGCUGCUGAUGGUCCUGUCAGUGAAUACAUGUUGCCAUUCGAAGAAGAGAUUGGGCAGCAUCCGUCCCUGGAGGAUUUACAGGAAGUUGUUGUCCACAAAAAGAUGCGACCAGCUUUCAAGGAUUGCUGGUUAAAACAUCCUGGCCUGGAGCAAAUGUGCGAGACAAUAGAGGAGUGCUGGGACCAUGACGCGGAGGCACGUCUGUCUGCAGGUUGCGUGGAGGAGCGCAUCUCCCAGAUUCGCAGGCUAACGAGCGGCACUACCUCGGACUGCCUCGUCUCCAUGGUGACCUCGGUCACCAAUGUGGACAUGCCACCCAAAGAGUCCAGUAUCUGAGUCUGUCCCGAAAGCAGAAAACGAAAUUGCGCAAACAAGAGAAAAAACAACCUUUGUCUUUCCAGACUCAGCGGAUCUCAGAAAACAACAUGAAUGCAGCUGCUAUUUUAACCUGACGUUUUUUAUUAAUUAUUAUUUUUUUGAUCGGAUCAAGAUUACCAGCACACUUCUCUACUGUAUUUUUUCUGGGAGAGGGAAAAAAAAAAGAAAAAAGCUAAACGGACAUCUCAAAAUGCAUUCAGGUGCCGACUAAUGAAUGCUGACAAAGGUGCAGGUACCUCAACUUGUUCAUUUCAGUCAUUUGUUUGAUUUUAUUAUUCCUGUUUUUCUGUCUUCUGGACAGAACUGCCUGUGACAAAACCAAGC